CGUUAUGUGAUUCUAUCACAUCGCUGGGGCGCAGAGGUCGGUUACGAAGAGAUGACCGGGCUGAUGAAGAUGGAGAAGGGUGAGAGGGAAGAGGUCAGGCAGCGCACCGGCUACCAAAAGAUCAUCAAGAGCUGUGAACAAGCGAGGAAGGAUGGACACAAGUGGUUGUGGAUCGAUACCUGCUGCAUCGACAAGCGGAGCAGUUCGGAAUUAUCAGAGGCCAUUAAUUCGAUGUAUCGGUGGUACCAAAAUGCACAGGUGUGCUAUGCGUACCUCCACGACGUUGAUGAGUCGGUCUUCCCUACCGAGCGAGACCGCGACAAGUUCAGCGAGUCCUACGGUUGGCCGGAGUGGUUCAUGCGGGGCUGGACACUGCAAGAACUCAUCGCGCCGAAGCAGGUCGAAUUCUUCAACAAAGACUGGGCGUCCAUUGGCAACAAACGACACCUUGCAUCUACGUUGCAGCAUGUAACGGGUAUUCCUUGGGAAGUUUUGAGGGAUGGUCCGGCUGCGAGGCGUCUCAGCGUCGCACAAAUCAUGUCGUGGGCUGCCGGCCGUAAGACGACGCGUGUGGAAGAUCGGGCAUACUCACUGAUGGGGUUGUUCAGGGUUAACAUGCCCAUGUUGUACGGCGAGGGCAAAAAGGCAUUCCAGAGGCUACAACUGAAAAUCGUCCGCGUAUCCAGCGAUCAUAGCAUAUUCGCAUGG